GAUUUUGCUCUCGACGUUGAACGUCAUUUUUGUUAAUGGCGGUGUGAGAUUCGAUCGAGUUCGCGCAACUUGUUUGGUUUUGUGCUUGUGUUCGGUGUUAAAUUCCUGUGAAAUUUGUCGCCCCCCAUAAAACUGCGAUAUCCCGUGCAAAAUGUCCGCCAUGGAGAAUCGCGACGAAGUGCUGCAAAUGCUCGAGCGAUUCACGCGUCUCAAACAGAAGGAAAUCCCCCGGGAACUGGAGGACUAUCUGAGUUUUGUCGCACGAACCGGCGAUACCGUUUAUCCGUGGGCCGCGGUCAAGUACUUCUUCCGGACCAAGCUCAGCCAUGUCAUCAUGGAUUUCCACGAUAACACACCGAGCAUUGCCGAUUUGCCAAAGUGUCCCAAUGUGGAUCCGUUCUGUUACGAUCGGAUGAAGCGGACAUUGCUCAGCCGGAUGGAAUCGUUUAAUUCCGCCCCGUUUACCAUUCAGCGGAUUUGCGAACUGCUGAACGAACCGCGCAAACAUUACACCAGAAUCGACAAGUUCAUGAGGGCCGUCGAGAAAAACAUUCUGGUGGUCAGCACACAGGAACCAGGACGGAGACGAUCCGACAGCGAAAAUGGCGAUUCACUGGAUUCCAUCGUGAAUGGAGAUCUGGAAGUGAAUGUGGACAUCGAAAUGGAUAACGAGGCGUUCGGAAUUGAUGCAAACGAAAUGGCUUCCAAUGCAGCUUUAGUACCCUCGGUAAAUAUAACGACCCCGGCUCAUGCCGAAGAAGUACCCCCGACGAUGGAACCUGCGGAAGACCAGGAAACUGAGAAGCAACUGCCCGAUGAUGAACCAAAGUUGGCCAGUUCCGAUAAUAAUGACAACGAGUUGAAACCCGAAGAGACACCACAACCAGAAAUCAACGGGGGCGAUAAAGAUGAAUCCGUAGCCACAGAAGAAGAUGUCGCUAUUUCAGCUGAUAAGAAUAACUAUCCCGUUGAACCACAGCUCAAUUCACUGGAAGCUUCUGAACAAGACCAGCCCUCUGAAAAGCCUGCAGAAGAUGUAAUUGAUUCUGCUUCAGAUAUUGUCCACGACCAAGAGGAACUAGAAGAACCUUUACCCGCGGAACAACCAACUACUGCAACAGAGUCAGCUGCGGAAUCUCUUGAUACCGAUAGAUCUCAACCGUUGACUGAGCAACCGACUGUUACUCCCGCGACAGAAAUCGAAUGCCCAUCAAUUGACGACGGAGAGCCGAAAGCUAAAAUGGCCAAGCUAUCACAUGAAGAACCAGAAGCCGAAGAAAUCGCACCAGCAGAACCCAUCACAGAGGAACAGGAACCAGCUACGAAGGCAGAAUCGCCGGAACCAAUCGCUGCUCCCGUUGUUGCCACUUCAACCGAAGAACUCUCCGAAUCCGAUGUCGUUUCAGUUUUCCCUUCAUCAGAAUCGCUGGAAUCUGCCGAAUCCUCCAGCGAUAGCUGUCUCAUUUCCUCAGACGAGCCCGUGGGAUCGAGCGCUAUUUCAAUUCCUAGCAGUACAUCGUCCGACUCGAACACUUCUGUUACACCUGUGCCAGAAGUUCCGGCCGUACUCGAAACCCCUACCGUACAGGAACCAACAGUUAAUGAGUCACCAAACACAGCUGAAUCCACCCCAAGUGAACCCACGGAAGAUGCUCCCGUCGAGGAAGAAACAGUAGUCAAAACCGUUAAUCUUGAAGUACCGAAGGAAGCACCAGAACAACCUGCAAUCGCUCCAGCGAUUCCCGAUGAAAUGGAAAUGAUUCCGGCUGCACCAGUAGCGGAAAACGUGAUGGCGACCGACGAAGAGGAACAGCAGGCACAUUCCGGGGUGGCUGACACAGAGGUCCCCAUGGCGGCCGAUGCCACAGAAACGACUAAACCAGACGAGAAUGCAAUGGACAUUGACGAAUCUAGUGUGGAGCCGAUGGAUCAGUAAGCAAAAACCUCAGUGUUCAACCCUAGACUUCCCCUUAGCUAUAAGCCCACACACCCUGAAAUCCAUUACAAAUAUCUUUUUUUUUUUUGAGGCAACUGCUGAAGCAGCUGCACGAUAACCAUUUGAAGAGAAAACAGAAUUCUCGAUCACAAAAAUGAGCUGUAAGUAUUCAAAAAAAAGUACAGGACGCAAACUUAAAAGAAUAAAAUGAGUUGAAGUUGUAAUAGACAAGUGCUGACCUGA